AUGGAACCGACCGGCGGACUCGGUGGUAUCAUGUACGAAGUGCAUAUGACGGUGUCAAACAUCGAACGGUAUAUCAGUUUCCAGCCGCAGGUCCCCGAUGCAUUGUAUACUACACUCGAAGAGGGAAGCUCUACCGCUACCCUCAACGGCUACACCCUCUUGGGUACCCGCUUUCGCCCCCCUCGAGACCACCAGGAAGGGCCGUUCGUCCGUUCUGGACUGCUGCCGAUGGAGAACGGGCCCCGCUCGCCCCGCUCUGGACCGUCACCGUCACGCAGCAUACGCAAUGACUGGCUGGAGAGCGCUCACCCGACGGGUUUGACAGCGGUCUCACGAACCAGUUCGCUUGCGCUGGGUCCCCGCCAGGCCGUGAUUCCCUGCCCGUUCCCUGCCCGUUUCCUGCCCAGGAGGAGACGGGAAGGGGAGGGGAAAUCGACAAGGUUCGCGGACGAGAUACCCAAUUUGUUGUCUGUCACCACCACCACCACCAUCCCGACUGGGGAGUAUACGGAGCACCCCCUUCUCAUAUUCAUCCACUUCUCACUGCUCCGUAACACCCCCUACAGACGGCAGAGCAGCUCGACCCCGUUCGCGCCAAUCGGUUCGGAGCAGCCCGUCCAACCAACCACGUUGCGCCGCAGAAACCGGGCCAACCCUAUCUACCCGGUUCAAACUCAAUCGGCCCAGACGAACACGCUUCCCAGCGCAAAGGUAACCAUGACAUCUGCCUCUUCGUUCCGGUGA